GCCUCAUGAGGACGGCCCCUUGUUCUACCCAACCAUCACCACUAUAAGCCUGGGAGGUCCCUGUCAGCUCAACCUUUACCGUCCUCACACCUCCAUGCAAAAUCCCGAUGAGGAACAGGCUGAAGGUACAGAGAAUGGCGAGCAGAAUGGCGAGCGGGAGAGUAGCAACUUGGAAUAUGACUUGGAAGCUCGCUAUGUGGGCUCUCUUCUUCUAGAAGCAAGAAGUCUGUUGGUACUGCAGGAAGAUCUCUAUACAAGUUUCCUACAUGGUAUUGAGGAGUCCAAGCAGGAUGUGGUGACCAACAAGAUCCUCAACCUAGACUCCUGCACAGCCAAUGUUGGAGAUACUGUAGAACGCAGCACGAGGAUCUCGCUCACCAUCAGACAUGUUCCGAGGGUCAUUAAGGCUAAACUCCUACUGGGAAAGAGCAGACGAUGAUAGUGAAGAAAAAGGAAAGGGCAAACACUAAUGGCAAUAGAAAAAGGAAGGGUAUAUGUGAUACUGAAAGAAAAAUUAUGAAAAUGGUAAAAAGGAAAUAUGUACUAAUAAAUCAGGGAAAUGGAAAGCAGACAUAGAUGAAAGCUUGAAUAAAGGAGAAAGUGAAGGAGGAUGAGGAAUGAAAUUUGUUAUUAGCAUUUUUUUUUUAAAUUUAAGAUACUAAGGAAAAUUAUUUAUUACUGUGAUAAUACCUGUGAUUAUGAACUCUAAUGUUUGAAAUAAAGAAUGACUUAAUUAGA